AACGGCGUCUUAUUUCGCGGAGAGCGAAUUAUAGUCCCUGGUGCGAUUCGUCAGAAAAUUAUGACCGCGCUUCAUUCUUCUCACAUCGGCAUUAAUAGUAGUCUACGACGAGCACGCCAGCUGUUCUACUGGCCCGGAAUGAAUGACCACGUAAAGACGUUCAUUCAGCGAUGUGCUACAUGUCGUGAAGUAGAUCCAGCUCAGCCGAAACUGACUCACAUCCCGCAUACCGUCCCAUCUCGACCAUGGGCGAAAGUAGCCGUCGAUCUCUUCGUCGUUGACAGGUAGGACUAUAUGGUCACGGUUGACUACAAGAGCAAUUUUUGGGAAGUAGACAGGUUGGACAGCCUCACUUCUCAAAGCAUCAUCCGGAAACUGAAACCGCAUUUUGCACGGCAUGGCAUACCGGAUACAGUAAUGUCGGACAAUGGGUCCCAGUUUGUUUCAGGAGAGUUUAGUCGUUUCAGCCAGAACUGGGGUUUUGAUCAUGUUACUUCGAGCCCGGGCUACCCACAAUCGAACGGAAAGGUGGAGAAUGCAGUAAAAACUACUAAGCGUCUGAUGGCGAAAGCCAAGCUGUCAGGGGGCGAUCAGUGGCUUGCUUUCCUCGAGUUCCGAAACACUCCCAGCCAAGGGUUCGCUACUAGUCCGGCACAACGUCUCAUGAACCGGCGCACUAAAACUCUGUUGCCUAUGUCGGAAUCUCUACUCGUCCUCCGUGAAUGUCCGGACGUAUCGGCCCAGCGAGCACACCACAAAGCUCAGCAAGCCCGUUAUUACAACCAGGGCGCCACAGACCUUCCUCCUCUGCAGCCUGGAGACAUUGUCCGUAUCCAACCACGCCCCUCAUCGUCCACAUGGCAGAAAGGCACCGUCCAAAAGGAGGUGGGCAUAAGAUCGUAUCAGGUCAAAGCGGAUGGAGAUACAGGUGGAACAUACGUUCGCAGUCGUCGACAUCUGAGGCGAUCCCACGAAGUCACUACGGAAAAACACCUUCUCCAGACUCAAGUCUCAGAACAACGAAAUGCAGAAUCCACAGCUACAAGAAAACAAUCAGCCGGCCAGUCGUCGUGUCAUACCACGCGUAGCGGUCGAAUGGUGAAGCCCCCCAAGUAUUUGGACGAUUACACCACUUAG